AUGAACCACUCAUUGCCUCAGCCGGCGACAGCCAACGAGGACGACACGUCCAAGGUCAUCGUAAACGACCGCACCGAGUACCGCAUUGUGUGCUGGGGAAACUCGUGGUUUGAUCUCGUUUUGAUUCCGUUCCAGACGAUUCUGUUGUACGGCUUUAUGACGGGCUUUUCUGUGCUCAUCGUACAAGGCACGUACAUGACGUCCGACGCCCAAGCUGCACUCUGGGUCUACUUCUUCGCGUGGGCCGCCGGCGUCGUCUACUUGGGAGUGACAAUCACGGUAGCCGGCUGGGAGAUGCGCUUGAAAGCCAAGGUCGCCGCCAAGGUCGCUGCCGACGAAGACGAGUUGGCCUAAGGGCCAUCCACCUUGGACCAACAGGAUACUGCAAUAUACAUGGUUGCGUGAAUAUGUCGCUGCCUUUUACAUACAUGCCAACAACGUUGUGCCACUUCAUCG